GAAAUGCUUUUUAGCAACGUUCUGCUGCACCUGAGACCAUCCCUAAGGACAACCUGAUCGUCAUGGCAACGACUGGCAUAACAUUGUUGUACGGAACACGGAGUCCUUUAUUUUCACCCGACUGAUAAUGACGCUUUAUUUCGAUACAAAAAUUGAAUUUCUCGAUCUCGCAGUUAGCACGAUCAGCAGUUGGCAUCCAAAUGAACCGUUAUUUGCUGUGGCCUCGUUUAGUCAAGAACGUGGCGGUUCGGUGACCAUAUUUGCAGAUACGGGUGAACCGCAAAGAGAUGUCACAUAUCCAGUGCAUGCUACGUCACAGGCCACUGCCCUGUGUUGGCAUCCGGAAAAAUCUCUUUUAGCCAGCGGCUGGGAACAUGGUGAGAUACAUGUUUGGUUCGCAGGGCAUCGGGAAUUCGCCAGUGUCAAUGGACCUCAUAAGGCUGCCAUCGUUUUGUUGGAGUUUAGUGAGCAAGGCGGACGCAUGGUUACCGCCGAUUCAAUGGGAUUGGUUACCGGUUGGCGAUGUGAUGGUCAGUAUCAGUUCCUUACCAUGUUCUCGCAUGAUCUAAGAGAGGCUUUGGUGCUGGUUUGCUUUCGGCGCACUGUGGAGCGUAGCGAAGUGCGUGAAGAAAUGGCCAAUCUUGCCAAGGCGGCAGUGGCCGGUGAUGAAAUUGCCUUGGACACGUUAACAAAUUGGCGCCCUCGUACAGCAGCUCGUGGCCUAACACAUGCCGGAGUGAGGGAUAAUCAUUGCUUUUAUGCCUGCACCCAAAACGGAGUGGUCUAUUAUAUCAAUCAGGGAGGUGCAUGUACAGAAGUGAUGAAGAGUUCGGGAGCGACUAUUGUCCAGAUGCUAUGGCAUCCAAAAAAAGAUGCUGUCAUCUGUCUAAUGGAGGAUCUCACCGUCACCCUUUACUUGGUGGAAUCAACGGGCUUGCUAACCGAGUUGGAUCGUGUAAAGAUGAGUGGACAUGGUCAAGGGCGACAAGGAGGCAUCACGUGGACGGGACAAAGUUUAGCCAUUAUAACUGGUGAUCUAACUGUGCGCAUUUGGGACAUGGAUCGAAGUGACAACUAUCUACUCAAAAUGGAUUUGCCAAGCUCGUCGGGUCGUUCGGACAUUUCGACGUUUCCAUCGAAUAGUAACAACUUUUUUAGUUCGGAAGGCAGCACUGAGACCAUGGUCAGUAGUAGCAGUAGGAAAAGCACAAGCAACGUUGCCAAAUACCACCAACUGACCGGAUCCAAUGAGAUUUUCACCUGCCUGGCCUUCAGCACAAGCAAUCAAACAUUGUGUGCUGGGACCUCCUUGGGUAACCUAUACAUUUGGCGUCGAUCGGGAACAUGUUUCGUUAUGGCACCCGAGGAGGCCUGGCAAUUGACAAAUAUAUCAUCGGUUUCGGUUCGUGGCGCAGUUAGGAGUUGCCAAUGGGGCUUCACUGAGUUGGCCAAGCCUUGCAUCUUGGUCAAUUGUUUGUCUAAUGUAUUUAUGCUCAAGGAGCAGCCAUUACUGGCGCGUCACACGCGUGAGCUCUGGGCCGUGCAACGUACCGCCAAAACAUUGCAAUUGAUGCACUGCAGCGGACGUCAAGCUAAUGUUCAGGCGGAAUUCCCUGUGACAUCGAUAGCCCUGAACGAACUGAGUCUGAUCUUGAGCAGUGGACGAGCUAUAUCCUCAUACAGUCUACAGAAAAUUGAGAAACCCGAUUUUAAGGAUGAAUUCGAUGAGGUUCUAGAAAAGGAGCAGGUUGGAAUUGGAGGCACCACCUCAUCAUCGGCAAUUACUGCUACUUCAACUCCAUUGAGUGUGAGAUUAUUGCAAACAUUUCCAGCCGAGUGUUUGGCUUUGGAGUUGUAUAAUCAGAACAUUUUCUCUUUGGCCAGCAGCGAUAUACUGGUCUACUCGGUGGGUGGAGUAGUCCUUCACAGAAUUUUAGCCAGCGAUGUGGAAGGAAAAAUCAUAGGCAUGGACUUAAGUGGCUUAUAUCUAUCGGUAUUCACCAUGAAUGGUUAUGUCAAGGCCUACGAUGUCUCCCGGCACGAUCCAAAGCUAAUCUUUCCCAGCAAAUCGGGCCACGAUAUAUUCGAUGAUUUUGGUGAGUUCAUUCUGGUCAAAUGUAAUAGUGCUGGUAGCCAUUUGGCCAUGGUUAUAGCCAAUCGUGCAUUUAUACCCCAAUCCACCCUCUACUGUUGGGACUUUGAAAGAAACAAUCUCUUUGAUUAUGACCUUAAGGAAAUGGAAAUGGAGGCACAGGAAAAGGCAGAAUGUAUUCCCGUCAGAAUCUUUUGGGACUUAUCCGAGCCUCGUCUGUUGGGCGUGGAGAUCAAGUCAAUGAGAAAAAAGGCGAAUGCCUCUCAGACCUCAUCGUCCCAGGGAAGUCAUUUUGUGGAAUCGCAGAUUUUAAUAAUGUUCUAUUCUGUUCAAGCUGUGGCAGAACAUGGUCUGAAGCUAUUGGAGUCUCAGGUGCUAAAUCCCAUGGGCGCUCAGUUAUUGAAUUUAUGUGUUCCGCAUGUGAUUUGGCUAAAGAUCAAUACAGUGGAGGAGCAUCCUCUCAAGGACUUUACCGAUCUACAGCAAUGCGACUCAGGCACACGGCGUCAGGUUUUAAAUUUUAGCCUUCAUGUGGCCGAGGGUAAUAUGGAUUUGGCGUAUCGUUCAGUCCGUUCGAUACAAUCGAAAGUGAUUUGGACUAACCUAGCACGGAUGUGUGUCCACACCCAACGUUUGGAUGUGGCAAAGGUUUGUCUGGGUCAUCUGGAACAGGCACGUUCAGUGCGCGCCCUGCGCCAGGCUAUGGAAGAUGACGAUCUCGAACUAGAAGCUAAGGUGGCUGUUCUUGCCAUUGAAUUGGGCAUGCUUGAGGAAGCCCAAGAGUUAUAUAAAAGCUGCCGACGGUACGAUUUGCUCAACAAACUACUCCAGUCCACGGGUCGUCUGGACGAGGCCUUGAAACUGGCAGAGACGGAGGAUCGAAUACAUUUGAAGCAUACGUACUAUCAGAAGGCCAAAUCUUUAAGCGAAUCGGGUGACGUACAAGGAGCUCUGUCUAUGUACGAGAAGACACAAAACCCAGUGCAAAAUAUUACCCAGUUGCUGCUGCUUGAGAAUCAUCCGAUGGCUAUGAAGCGUUACAUCAGCGGAAUAAGCGAUCCAAAACUUUUGAAAUGGUGGGGUCAGUAUAUAGAGAGUUCUGGCGAUAUGGAUGGAGCACUGGCAGUCUAUCACAAGGCAGAGGAUUGGUUCUCCCAAGUAAAGAUUCUCUGCUAUUUGGGUAAAAUUUCCAAAGCCGAUGCUAUAGCCCGGCAAUCGGGAGAUCGAGCUGCCUGCUAUCAUUUAGCAAGGCAUUACGAGAGCGUUGGAAAAUUUCAGGAAGCCAUAAUGUUCUAUACUCGUGCCCAGACAUUUAGCAAUGCCAUACGGAUAUGCAAGGAGAACGAUUUCCAAGAGGAACUUUGGUCCGUGGCCAGUUCGUCGAGGCAACGAGACAAGGCUAUUGCAGCAGCCUAUUUCGAGGAAUGCGGUAACUUUAAGCAUGCCGUGGAACUAUAUCACCGAGCCGGAAUGCUUCACAAGGCCUUGGAAAUGGCCUUUGAGUCACAGCAGCCAGAGAUCUUGGAGAUUAUUGCCAGUGAAUUAAAUUCGGAAUCGGACUCGGAGCUAAUUCAACGUUGCGCCGACUUCUUCACCAGCAUUGAGCAAUACCAGAAGGCUGUCCACCUGUUGGCCAAAACGAAACAUUUGGAUCGGGCUCUGCAAAUUUGCCACGAAAAAGGUGUCCCGAUUACCGAAGAGCUGGCCGAGUUGUUAACCCCCCAGAAGGGUGAAGAACGAGAUGAAACCAGUCGUGUGUCCAUACUCAUUCAAUUGGGAGAACUUCUCCAAGAGCAAGGUGACUAUCACAGUGCCACUAAAAAGUUUACCCAAGCCGGCGAUAAGAUGCGUGCCAUGAAGAGUCUCUUGAAAUCGGGAAAUACGGAUAAGAUUAUAUUCUUUGCCAAUAUGUCCAGACAGCGUGAAGUCUACAUUAUGGCUGCAAAUUAUCUCCAAUCUUUAGAUUGGCAUUCGGAUAAGACCAUACUCAAGCAUAUUGUUGGAUUCUAUACCAAGGGACAGGCUUUCGAUUCGUUGGCCAAUUUCUAUGCCAUCUGCGCUCAAUUGGAAAUCGAGGAGUAUCAGGAUUACGAAAAGGCUCUAAUAGCCAUGCAGGAGGCCUUGAAGUGCUUGGAAAAACUAACCCACGCCCAACACGCCUACAACAACCUACAGAGAACUGUGAGAGACGUUAAGACCAUUAUGGAAAUACAGCAGGCCCUCAGAGCUGGCGAUAAUCUGGCGGUGAUUGGCUCCUGUCGCAACAUGUUGAUCAAGCCGGAACUACCGCCCAUUCGACAUUCCCACAUUUUGGCCAUGCUUGUGCGUGCCUUGGUUUAUGCCAAACAAUACACAGAAGCUGGACGUUCACUUAAAGAGUUGGCCGUUAAAGAUAACUCCUGGAGUGCUGCCGGUCUGCUAGAUCGUGGCUUGGUCCAGAAAAUUGCCAAGGAAUGUGAUUUGGACUUUGAUCUAAUAUGGAAUUCAGGACGUCAGGGGUCCACCAUUACCCCCAAUUCAACCACUGUGACAUCGAACACUUCAAGUGGACUCGAUGAUGAAGAUGACGAUGAUGCGGACCAGGCUGAUGACGAGGAGAUCAGAGAGGAGCUGCAUUAAUUUGAGAAAAUUCAAAAGAAAAUCACCAAAUCCUCAAAAUAGAAGAUAACUUAUCAUUCGAGAGAGCGGAAAGUACUAAUUUUUCAAGUUUAGAAACACUUUUAUAAGUAAUAAAAUUGAAAAUAUUAAAAGAGUACCAUCAUUUGGAAAGCUUUGACUUAAGUAAUUUGGAUGCUUUCUGGCUUGCGUUGCCUCGGUUAAUAGUAGAGUGGUAUAUAAUCGAAUGUGUUUUUUUGUUAGUCAUGCAGAUGUCUAGUUAAUAGAUAUAAGCUACAUCACUAUAAAUUGAUUUAUUUCCUCUAUAACGAUUUUAAUAACUUUUAUCUUCAUUUAAAGAUGCCACCGAAAUUAUACUUAUU